AUGUCUCGAGUCGUAACUGACGGAGACUUGAGUCCGCAGCGCCAUUUUCCGCGAAACCGCGGACCUGCUUACGUGGCCGCUCCUCGCGGAAUCCAAUACCCGGAGGAUUUAAUAUCCCCGACCAACGCGGGUGUCGCACCCGGCCGAGCGGGCGAACAUGUGCGACGGCCAGCCGGUCGCACGCCGAUUCGCACGGUGCAGGAGGGCCAUCAGCUUACGGAAGGCGACGAUUUCGCAGACAACCGAGGCGGCGGCCAGAGGAGAAUAACAAUCCCCGCCGGGGGUGGCGGCGGGGGAGGCGGCGGAUAUCACGGAAGCACGUCGCCGCUGCGCAAUGCCAUACAUGGGCGGUCCGAGAGCCACUCGGGGGAGUCGGGGGAGCGGGGAGGCCGCGCGGAGCACGCGGGGGACCUUCAGCCGCGGCGAGCGGCGAGCUCCAACGAGGCGGGGUACGGCCGGCCGGCCGCGCUUCGCCUGGACGCCGACAUGAUCAAGGCCGGCAGGAAGCCCUCUCCCCUCGCCAUGUUCCCCCUCCCCCAUUCCGCCUCCCGUUCCCUUCUCAUUCCCCUGCGCUUAUGUGCAACUCACUCCUCCGCUUAUUCCACCCGUCUGCCUAAUCCCUCCCCCCUGCGCCCGUCUCCUCUCCCCUCCGCCAAUGUUCUCCGCCCUGCGCCCAUCCCCUGCGCGCGCCAGGACUCGCUGAGUCCCCGCCGCAUGGGAAAGGUCGCCACGCCCUCCGCGCAGCCCAGCGGCGCCGCUGCCCGCGCAGGGGGGGGCGGCGGGGGGCCCGGGGGCGGAGGCAUCGGGGGAAGCUUCCAGGCGUCGCGGGGGGAGGCGGAGCACAUGCGGCGGGUGGCGGAGCUGAUGGAGGCGGUGCGGGAGAACGACGUUGACCUGGUCAACGUGGUCCUGCAGGAGGCACCGUCCCGCACCGCGCUGCUCAACACUGUUUAUCCAGCCUCGCAGCGCACGGCGCUGCACGAGGCCGUGGUGGCGUCAAGCACGGAGGCAGCGGGCGCGCUCCUUGAGUGGGGCGCUGACCCUGACGGCGGGCAGUCCGCGCAGAUGCCGCCCAUCAUGUACGCGGUGCAGACGGGCAACGACAAGAUGGUCACGCUGCUGCUAUCGCACGGGGCGGACAUCAACGCACAGGACGCCAAGCAGUACACCGCGCUGCACUACGCCUGCGCUGCCGGCCACAGGUGUGUUGCUGCUCCUCACGGGGCGGACAUCAACGCGCAGGACGCCAAGCAGUACACCGCGCUGCACUGCGCUUGUGCUGCUGGCCACAGGGGCAUAAUCAAGCUGCUACUAGUAGCGGGCGCCAACAUGUAUGCGCGCAACCGCGACGGGCUCUACCCGCAGCAGCUGGCGUCAACGGACCGCAUCCGCACGCUCUUCCGCAAGCUGCACGAGCAUGAUCAGCGCCACUGCUCCUCUUCCCUCCCCGCCCCUGCCCACCCACCCCCCGCCCUCUCCCCACCUCUCCCCCACCCACAACCCCCCAGGGGAAUCAUUAAGCUGCUGCUGGUAGCGGGCGCCAACAUGUAUGCGCGCAACCGCGAUGGUCUCUACCCACAACAACUCGCCUCAACCGAUCGCAUCCGCACGCUCUUCCGCAAGCUGCACGAAUACCACCAGCGCCACGGGCUCGUGGGGGACGGGGACGGCGCGGGGGCGGGCGGAGGGGGCGCGGGGGGAGGGGGAGGGGGAGGGGGAAGGGGGGGGUUGAGAGGGUCGCCGCCGAUCUCCCCUGGGACGUCGGGGAGGAUGAGUCCCAGGGAUGUGGGCGGGAUGGUGGAUGAUGGGUGGGAUGACGAAGUUCACAUUGCUCUGUCCCCCUCUACUGUGUUCCCUCUGUUUGCUCCACUCGCUUUUCCUUCCCCAGUUACUAGCUUCUCACGGCGUUGCAUUCACUUCACUUGCCCGAUUUGUUCAACCCAUCUCCCUGCCCACCCUCCAUCUGCUCCUCUGUCCCCCUCUUACCCUCCCCCCCUGUCCCCCCUGCCUCCCUAUCUUCACUGCCUCUCCUUCCUUCCCGUCCUGAGUUCCUGCCCUCCCGGCUCCUACCCCCUGCCCCCCCCUGCCCCUCUCCCCUGCCUCCCUGCCCCUUCCUCUGUCCCUGCUUUCAGCAGCUCAUCUCCCUCGCUCCCUCGUGUCCCCCCUGCCCCUCCCCCCUGCCCCUCCCCCCUGCCCCUCCCCCCUGCCCCUCCCCCCUGCCCCUCCCUACUGCCUCUCCCCUGCACCCCUGCCUCCCUGUCUACCCCCCUCCCCCCAGUGCCCAACGGGUCGUCAGUCCAGCAGCUCAUCUCCCCUCGCGCCCUAGCCGCCCGCACGCGUCUGGGCGGCGGCGGCAGCGCGCAGCAGCCGCCCGGGCGGCAGGGGCCGGCAGCGGGGCGGGGCGGCGCCGGCAGCCGGUCCGCUGUGGAGCGAGGGAGCACCCGGGAGGACGAUUGGCUCUCCCAGCCUCACGCUCGGGCGAGGGGAGGCGGCGGGGGAGGGGGAGGCGGAGGGGGAGGGGGAGGAGGAGGGGGUGGGGACGGUGGGGACCACGCUGACGUGGAGAGCCCACGUGAUUUGCUGGACAGCAACGAGCAGAUCUUCCUCCAGGCGUGGGAGAACGACCGUGAUGACGACUCGCCGGCCUUCGCCUGGCCAGGCCCGGGGGGAGCAGCAGGGGGAGGUGGCGGGGGAGGAGCAAGAGGGGGUGGUGGCGGUGCGGGGAAGGACGAGCAUAUGGGGCCGGGAGGGGCUGGGGGAGGGGGAUCGGGGGGAGUAGCAGCAGCGGGACCGGCAGCGUCGUUGGCGCGGAGGCACAUCCGGGACUCGCGGACGCUGUCGGUGGAGUCGGGUGGGCAGCAGUACGCGCGGCGCAUCGUGCAGGCCAACGACAGCAGCCUCUCCGAUGCUGAGGCUGGUAGCUUUGGCGCCCGCAGGCACACCGCAGGUGAGCUGCCUCUCUGUCCUCCCCCUGCUGCCCCGCCCUUUCCUUCCCCUGCUGCCCCUCUUUUCUCUCUGCUCCCGCUGUUCCCCCUGCUCGGCUCUCUCUGGCCCCCCUGCGUCCCUGCUGCCUCGCUGCCCCCCCGGGCUGUCGGUGGAGUCGGGGGGGAGGGGCAGCAGUACGCGCGGCGCAUCGUGCAGGCCAACGACAGCAGCCUCUCCGAUGCUGAACAAGGCAGCUUUGGCACCCGCCGGCACACCGCAGUCUUCUGCGUUCCUCUGCCCGUCUCUCCUGCUCGCCUGCCCACGCGCCCUCUUCCAUUUCUUCCGCUGACUCGUUACUCUUCCCACUCGCAUGUCUGUCUCCCCCGGCCAGCCCCACUCUCAAAGGCGACUCAGAUCGACCCGCGCUUGCAACGGUGCCCUCCGGGCGUGGCCAACCCAGAUCGUUCACGCCUGGCCGCCCAGCCCCGCCCGCGCAACUUCGCUGACUUCCGAGCAGAGCGCCUCGUGGGGCAGGCAGCAGCAGGCGGAGGGGGAGGGGGAGGCGGAGCAGGGGGAGGGGCAGGGGGAGCUGGGGGAGGCGUAUCUGGGGGCGGUGGGCCUGGGACGCCCGGGAGAGGGGGCAUGCGGGGACGGUCCCCCUAUGAUAGUGUGGAUUCCGCUAGCAUGGGGAGGUUGGACCUGGGGGGUGGGGGAGGGAGUAGGCGGGGGUCUUUGGACGGGAAAUCAGGUGGGGGAGGGGCGAGAGGCGUGGUAGACGUGUUUGGGAACCCGUAUGGGGGGAGAGGGGGGCGCGCAGGGGAUGUGGCGGGUGGUGGCGGACGGGCGAGUUCGGAUGAUGAGCGGGAGGACGGCGGGGUUGCGCGGGGCGGGGCGGGGAUGGGCGGGGAGAGGCGGCAGCAUGUGGGGGGCCCGGGGGGGCGCGGGGGGAGGGAGAAUAUGUAUGCAUCGUGGAAUGGGGCUGCGAUGCUGGAGGGAGGGGGGGGAGGGGUGGGGGGGGCGGAGGGUCAUAGCGGGAGGCUGCAUCGUGUUGCUCCUGCUGCAUCCGCUGCAUCUGCGGCGGCAGCAGAGGAUCGGGACGGGGAGGGCGGGAGGCACGGGGACAGCGACAGCGACUCUGGCAGACGGCCACCAAACAGAGCAGCAGCAGCAGCAGCAGCAGGUGGGGGAGGAGCAUCAGGCGCUGCUGCUGGCACUGGUGGGGGCGGAGGGACAGGGGCAGGCGGAGGGGGUUCAGUGGCCGCGUCUCGGUCCCCCUCUGGAAGCGACUCUGCCAGGCGACCCGCCUCUCUGCGGGUGGGGGAGCCUGCAGGCUUUGAGGACGAGGGGGGCGCUGCACAGAAGAAACCACUCACUCCUAGCGGGGGAGGGGCAGGGGGAGGGGGAGCGGGGGGGAGUGGGGGAGGGCGGGCGCGGAGCCCGCUUAGAGGGGGGAGUGGGCAUGAGGAGGGGCGCGGAGGGGGUGGGGGAGGGGGGAGUGGGCGGAUGACGCCCAAGGGGGCGAGAGAGAGGAAAUCGGUGAAGUUUGCGCUGCCGACGGAUGGGGAGGGGGAGAAGAAGGAGAAGGAGGGGGAGAGUGGAGGGGAGGAGAGGAAGGGCGGCGGUGGGAAGGAGGAGGAGAAGAAGGCAGGAGGGCAGGUGCCUGUGUCGCCUAGUAACAGACGAGCAGCAGCAGGCGCUGCAACAGGCAGUGCUGGUGCUAGCGCCAGUGCUAGUGCCAGUGCUAAUUCUAAUGCUGGUGCGAGUGCUAGUGGCAGCGGCAGUGCAAGCACGGGAGCAAGCUCGCCCGCACCUGAGCAGAUAUCAGAGGAAGACCUGAAGCUCAUUCGGCCUGACUGGCGGGAUGCGGCAGCACGGGGCGGGUGCGUGGCGUGUGGGGAGCUGCAGUGCGACUGCCCCACCAACCCCAAUAACCGCGACGAUGCUGCUUCUGGGGGUGGGAAGAAGGGAGGGGACGGGGAGAAGAGGGACGGAGGGGAAGUUCAGAAAGAGAAGGAAGGAGAGAAGAAGGAGGGGGAGAAGAAGGAAGGGGGGAAGAAGGAGGGGGGUGAGGAGGAGAAGGCAUCACCGGCAGCAGCAGGGGGAGGGAAGAGUAAGGAGCUGAUGGGGGAUGAGCCCAUGGCCCCACUGGGCACCAUGAAGUGGAAGCGGGGCGAGCUGCUGGGCGAGGGGGCUUAUGGCAAGGUCUUCUUGGGUCUGAACGAGAUGACGGGGGAGCUGAUGGCGGUGAAGCAGAUCAAGAUGACCACCCAGGGCGACGAGAAGGCGAUGCACAUAGCGGCCCUGGAGCAGGAGAUUGUGCUGUACCGCCAGAUGCGGCACCGACACAUCGUGGCAUAUAUCGACAUGGAGAAGGAUGAGAGUGACGGCUCUCUCUACAUCUUCCUGGAAUUCAUCUCUGGAGGGUCGAUUCAUAGCAUGUUGGACAAGUUUGGCAAGUUCAGCGAGUCCCUGGUGCGAGUGUACACGCGGCAGCUGCUGCUGGGGUUGGAGUAUCUGCACGGGUGCAAGAUCAUCCAUCGCGACAUCAAGGGCGGGAAUGUCUUGGUCGACCGGGAUGGGGUCAUUAAACUUGCUGACUUCGGUGCUUCCAAGGCGUUUCACGAGGGCACGGUGGGCGAGGGGUGCAAGUCGAUCCGUGGGUCGGUGUUCUGGAUGGCGCCAGAGGUCAUCAAGGGGGAGGGGUACGGCCGCCGCGCUGACAUCUGGAGCCUUGGCUGCACCGUUAUUGAGAUGCUCACUGGCAGCCUGGGUGCAGAGGUCAUUGAAGGGGAGGGGUACGGCCGCCGCGCUGACAUCUGGAGUCUCGCUGCACCGUUAUUGAGAUGCUCACUGGCAGCCACCCAUGGCCCAACAUGGACAACACGUGGUCAGCCAUCGUCCACAUCGCCAAGACCACCACCUGUUGUUGGGGGAGUGGUUGGCGAUUGGGUGGCUGUCUGUUCUCGCCCCAUGCUCUUGCGCUAUCACCCAACCUCUCCCCCCUUCCCGUCUGCCCCCAUUCCCACUUGCCACCCCGCCCAUUGCUCCUCCAGCCACCCAUGGCCCAACAUGGACAACACGUGGUCGGCCAUAUUCCACAUCGCCAGGACCACCACGAGGCCUUGCUCGUCGUUCCCCCUUCCCCUCGUCACUGCCCACCCCGCCCCCCAUUGCUCCCCCUCCCCCCCCCCCUCUCCUCUUCCACUCACCAGCCACCCAUGGCCCAACAUGGACAACACGUGGUCGGCCAUAUUCCACAUCGCCAAGACCACCACGGGCCCGCCCAUCCCAGAGGAGUGCAGCGACGAGGGGAGAGACUUCCUCGUCGCCUGCUUCAAGCUCGACCCCGCAGAGCGCCCCUCUGCCACUGAGGUGAGUGGGUGUGUGUGCGCGUGUUGCAUCAGUGGGAGGGCAGGGACUUCCUUCCUCGUUGCCUGCUUCAAGCUCGACCCUGCAGAGCGCCCCUCCGCCACUGAGGUGAGCUAUAUUGGGCCGGGCUUCCUCACUGAGUGGACUUUUGAGUCGACUCACAAGUCACCUCGAGCGGGGCGGCCAGAGCCGGGCUUCCUCACUGAGUGGACUUUUGAGUCGACUCACAAGUCACCUCGAGCGGGGCGGCAAGGGCCGGGCUUCCUCACUGAGUGGACUUUUGAGUCGACUCACAAGUCACCUCGAGCGGGGCGGCAAGGGCCGGGCUUCCUCACUGAGUGGACUUUUGAGUCGACUCACAAGUCACCUCGAGCGGGGCGGCAAGGGCCGGGCUUCCUCACUGAGUGGACUUUUGAGUCGACUCACAAGUCACCUCGAGCGGGGCGGCCAGGGCCGGGCUUCCUCACUGGGUGGACUUUUGAGUCGACUCACAAGUCACCUCGAGCGGGGUGGCCAGGGCCGGGCUUCCUCACUGAGUGGACUUUUGAGUCGACUCACAAGUCACCUCAAGCGGGGCGGCAAGGGCCGGGCUUCCUCACUGAGUGGACUUUUGAGUCGACUCACAAGUCACCUCGAGCGGGGCGGCCAGGGCCGGACUUCCUCACUGAGUGGACUUUUGAGUCGACUCACAAGUCACCUCGAGCGGGGCGGCAAGGGCCGGGCUUCCUCACUGAGUGGACUUUUGAGUCGACUCACAAGUCACCUCGAGCGGGGCGGCCAGGGCCGGGCUUCCUCACUGAGUGGACUUUUGAGUCGACUCACAAGUCACCUCGAGCGGGGCGGCAAGGGCCGGGCUUCCUCACUGAGUGGACUUUUGAGUCGACUCACAAGUCACCUCGAGCGGGGCGGCAAGGGCCGGGCUUCCUCACUGAGUGGACUUUUGAGUCGACUCACAAGUCACCUCGAGCGGGGCGGCAAGGGCCGGGCUUCCUCACUGGGUGGACUUUUGAGUCGACUCACAAGUCACCUCGAGCGGGGUGGCCAGGGCCGGGCUUCCUCACUGAGUGGACUUUUGAGUCGACUCACAAGUCACCUCAAGCGGGGCGGCAAGGGCCGGGCUUCCUCACUGAGUGGACUUUUGAGUCGACUCACAAGUCACCUCGAGCGGGGCGGCCAGGGCCGGACUUCCUCACUGAGUGGACUUUUGAGUCGACUCACAAGUCACCUCGAGCGGGGCGGCAAGGGCCGGGCUUCCUCACUGAGUGGACUUUUGAGUCGACUCACAAGUCACCUCGAGCGGGGCGGCCAGGGCCGGGCUUCCUCACUGAGUGGACUUUUGAGUCGACUCACAAGUCACCUCGAGCGGGGCGGCAAGGGCCGGGCUUCCUCACUGAGUGGACUUUUGAGUCGACUCACAAGUCACCUCGAGCGGGGCGGCCAGAGCCGGGCUUCCUCACUGAGUGGACUUUUGAGUCGACUCACAAGUCACCUCGAGCGGGGCGGCAAGGGCCGGGCUUCCUCACUGAGUGGACUUUUGAGUCGACUCACAAGUCACCUCGAGCGGGGCGGCAAGGGCCGGGCUUCCUCACUGAGUGGACUUUUGAGUCGACUCACAAGUCACCUCGAGCGGGGCGGCAAGGGCCGGGCUUCUCUGAGUGGACUUUUGAGUCGACUCACAAGUCACCUCGAGCGGGGCGGCCAGGGCCGGGCUUCCUCACUGGGUGGACUUUUGAGUCGACUCACAAGUCACCUCGAGCGGGGUGGCCAGGGCCGGGCUUCCUCACUGAGUGGACUUUUGAGUCGACUCACAAGUCACCUCAAGCGGGGCGGCAAGGGCCGGGCUUCCUCACUGAGUGGACUUUUGAGUCGACUCACAAGUCACCUCGAGCGGGGCGGCCAGGGCCGGACUUCCUCACUGAGUGGACUUUUGAGUCGACUCACAAGUCACCUCGAGCGGGGCGGCAAGGGCCGGGCUUCCUCACUGAGUGGACUUUUGAGUCGACUCACAAGUCACCUCGAGCGGGGCGGCCAGGGCCGGGCUUCCUCACUGAGUGGACUUUUGAGUCGACUCACAAGUCACCUCGAGCGGGGCGGCAAGGGCCGGGCUUCCUCACUGAGUGGACUUUUGAGUCGACUCACAAGUCACCUCGAGCGGGGCGGCAAGGGCCGGGCUUCCUCACUGAGUGGACUUUUGAGUCGACUCACAAGUCACCUCGAGCGGGGCGGCCAGGGCCGGGCUUCCUCACUGGACUUUUGAGUCGACUCACAAGGCCGGACUUCCUCACUGAGUGGACUUUUGAGUCGACUCACAAGUCACCUCGAGCGGGGCGGCAAGGGCCGGGCUUCCUCACUGAGUGGACUUUUGAGUCGACUCACAAGUCACCUCGAGCGGGGCGGCCAGGGCCGGGCUUCCUCACUGAGUGGACUUUUGAGUCGACUCACAAGUCACCUCGAGCGGGGCGGCAAGGGCCGGGCUUCCUCACUGAGUGGACUUUUGAGUCGACUCACAAGUCACCUCGAGCGGGGCGGCCAGAGCCGGGCUUCCUCACUGAGUGGACUUUUGAGUCGACUCACAAGUCACCUCGAGCGGGGCGGCAAGGGCCGGGCUUCCUCACUGAGUGGACUUUUGAGUCGACUCACAAGUCACCUCGAGCGGGGCGGCAAGGGCCGGGCUUCCUCACUGAGUGGACUUUUGAGUCGACUCACAAGUCACCUCGAGCGGGGCGGCAAGGGCCGGGCUUCCUCACUGAGUGGACUUUUGAGUCGACUCACAAGUCACCUCGAGCGGGGCGGCCAGGGCCGGGCUUCCUCACUGGGUGGACUUUUGAGUCGACUCACAAGUCACCUCGAGCGGGGUGGCCAGGGCCGGGCUUCCUCACUGAGUGGACUUUUGAGUCGACUCACAAGUCACCUCAAGCGGGGCGGCAAGGGCCGGGCUUCCUCACUGAGUGGACUUUUGAGUCGACUCACAAGUCACCUCGAGCGGGGCGGCCAGGGCCGGACUUCCUCACUGAGUGGACUUUUGAGUCGACUCACAAGUCACCUCGAGCGGGGCGGCAAGGGCCGGGCUUCCUCACUGAGUGGACUUUUGAGUCGACUCACAAGUCACCUCGAGCGGGGCGGCCAGGGCCGGGCUUCCUCACUGAGUGGACUUUUGAGUCGACUCACAAGUCACCUCGAGCGGGGCGGCAAGGGCCGGGCUUCCUCACUGAGUGGACUUUUGAGUCGACUCACAAGUCACCUCGAGCGGGGCGGCAAGGGCCGGGCUUCCUCACUGAGUGGACUUUUGAGUCGACUCACAAGUCACCUCGAGCGGGGCGGCAAGGGCCGGGCUUCCUCACUGGGUGGACUUUUGAGUCGACUCACAAGUCACCUCGAGCGGGGUGGCCAGGGCCGGGCUUCCUCACUGAGUGGACUUUUGAGUCGACUCACAAGUCACCUCAAGCGGGGCGGCAAGGGCCGGGCUUCCUCACUGAGUGGACUUUUGAGUCGACUCACAAGUCACCUCGAGCGGGGCGGCCAGGGCCGGACUUCCUCACUGAGUGGACUUUUGAGUCGACUCACAAGUCACCUCGAGCGGGGCGGCAAGGGCCGGGCUUCCUCACUGAGUGGACUUUUGAGUCGACUCACAAGUCACCUCGAGCGGGGCGGCCAGGGCCGGGCUUCCUCACUGAGUGGACUUUUGAGUCGACUCACAAGUCACCUCGAGCGGGGCGGCAAGGGCCGGGCUUCCUCACUGAGUGGACUUUUGAGUCGACUCACAAGUCACCUCGAGCGGGGCGGCCAGGGCCGGACUUCCUCACUGAGUGGACUUUUGAGUCGACUCACAAGUCACCUCGAGCGGGGCGGCAAGGGCCGGGCUUCCUCACUGAGUGGACUUUUGAGUCGACUCACAAGUCACCUCGAGCGGGGCGGCCAGGGCCGGGCUUCCUCACUGAGUGGACUUUUGAGUCGACUCACAAGUCACCUCGAGCGGGGCGGCAAGGGCCGGGCUUCCUCACUGAGUGGACUUUUGAGUCGACUCACAAGUCACCUCGAGCGGGGCGGCAAGGGCCGGGCUUCCUCACUGAGUGGACUUUUGAGUCGACUCACAAGUCACCUCGAGCGGGGCGGCAAGGGCCGGGCUUCCUCACUGGGUGGACUUUUGAGUCGACUCACAAGUCACCUCGAGCGGGGUGGCCAGGGCCGGGCUUCCUCACUGAGUGGACUUUUGAGUCGACUCACAAGUCACCUCGAGCGGGGCGGCAAGGGCCGGGCUUCCUCACUGAGUGGACUUUUGAGUCGACUCACAAGUCACCUCGAGCGGGGCGGCCAGGGCCGGACUUCCUCACUGAGUGGACUUUUGAGUCGACUCACAAGUCACCUCGAGCGGGGCGGCAAGGGCCGGGCUUCCUCACUGAGUGGACUUUUGAGUCGACUCACAAGUCACCUCGAGCGGGGCGGCCAGGGCCGGGCUUCCUCACUGAGUGGACUUUUGAGUCGACUCACAAGUCACCUCGAGCGGGGCGGCAAGGGCCGGGCUUCCUCACUGAGUGGACUUUUGAGUCGACUCACAAGUCACCUCGAGCGGGGCGGCAAGGGCCGGGCUUCCUCACUGGGUGGACUUUUGAGUCGACUCACAAGUCACCUCGAGCGGGGUGGCCAGGGCCGGGCUUCCUCACUGAGUGGACUUUUGAGUCGACUCACAAGUCACCUCAAGCGGGGCGGCAAGGGCCGGGCUUCCUCACUGAGUGGACUUUUGAGUCGACUCACAAGUCACCUCGAGCGGGGCGGCCAGGGCCGGACUUCCUCACUGAGUGGACUUUUGAGUCGACUCACAAGUCACCUCGAGCGGGGCGGCAAGGGCCGGGCUUCCUCACUGAGUGGACUUUUGAGUCGACUCACAAGUCACCUCGAGCGGGGCGGCCAGGGCCGGGCUUCCUCACUGAGUGGACUUUUGAGUCGACUCACAAGUCACCUCGAGCGGGGCGGCAAGGGCCGGGCUUCCUCACUGAGUGGACUUUUGAGUCGACUCACAAGUCACCUCGAGCGGGGCGGCAAGGGCCGGGCUUCCUCACUGGGUGGACUUUUGAGUCGACUCACAAGUCACCUCGAGCGGGGUGGCCAGGGCCGGACUUCCUCACUGAGUGGACUUUUGAGUCGACUCACAAGUCACCUCAAGCGGGGCGGCAAGGGCCGGGCUUCCUCACUGAGUGGACUUUUGAGUCGACUCACAAGUCACCUCGAGCGGGGCGGCCAGGGCCGGGCUUCCUCACUGAGUGGACUUUUGAGUCGACUCACAAGUCACCUCGAGCGGGGCGGCCAGGGCCGGGCUUCCUCACUGAGUGGACUUUUGAGUCGACUCACAAGUCACCUCGAGCGGGGCGGCAAGGGCCGGGCUUCCUCACUGAGUGGACUUUUGAGUCGACUCACAAGUCACCUCGAGCGGGGCGGCAAGGGCCGGGCUUCCUCACUGGGUGGACUUUUGAGUCGACUCACAAGUCACCUCGAGCGGGGUGGCCAGGGCCGGGCUUCCUCACUGAGUGGACUUUUGAGUCGACUCACAAGUCACCUCAAGCGGGGCGGCAAGGGCCGGGCUUCCUCACUGAGUGGACUUUUGAGUCGACUCACAAGUCACCUCGAGCGGGGCGGCCAGGGCCGGACUUCCUCACUGAGUGGACUUUUGAGUCGACUCACAAGUCACCUCGAGCGGGGCGGCAAGGGCCGGGCUUCCUCACUGAGUGGACUUUUGAGUCGACUCACAAGUCACCUCGAGCGGGGCGGCCAGGGCCGGGCUUCCUCACUGAGUGGACUUUUGAGUCGACUCACAAGUCACCUCGAGCGGGGCGGCAAGGGCCGGGCUUCCUCACUGAGUGGACUUUUGAGUCGACUCACAAGUCACCUCGAGCGGGGCGGCCAGGGCCGGACUUCCUCACUGAGUGGACUUUUGAGUCGACUCACAAGUCACCUCGAGCGGGGCGGCAAGGGCCGGGCUUCCUCACUGAGUGGACUUUUGAGUCGACUCACAAGUCACCUCGAGCGGGGCGGCCAGGGCCGGGCUUCCUCACUGAGUGGACUUUUGAGUCGACUCACAAGUCACCUCGAGCGGGGCAGCAAGGGCCGGGCUUCCUCACUGAGUGGACUUUUGAGUCGACUCACAAGUCACCUCGAGCGGGGCGGCAAGGGCCGGGCUUCCUCACUGGGUGGACUUUUGAGUCGACUCACAAGUCACCUCGAGCGGGGUGGCCAGGGCCGGGCUUCCUCACUGAGUGGACUUUUGAGUCGACUCACAAGUCACCUCAAGCGGGGCGGCAAGGGCCGGGCUUCCUCACUGAGUGGACUUUUGAGUCGACUCACAAGUCACCUCGAGCGGGGCGGCCAGGGCCGGACUUCCUCACUGAGUGGACUUUUGAGUCGACUCACAAGUCACCUCGAGCGGGGCGGCAAGGGCCGGGCUUCCUCACUGAGUGGACUUUUGAGUCGACUCACAAGUCACCUCGAGCGGGGCGGCCAGGGCCGGGCUUCCUCACUGAGUGGACUUUUGAGUCGACUCACAAGUCACCUCGAGCGGGGCGGCCAGGGCCGGGCUUCCUCACUGAGUGGACUUUUGAGUCGACUCACAAGUCACCUCGAGCGGGGCGGCAAGGGCCGGGCUUCCUCACUGAGUGGACUUUUGAGUCGACUCACAAGUCACCUCGAGCGGGGCGGCAAGGGCCGGGCUUCCUCACUGGGUGGACUUUUGAGUCGACUCACAAGUCACCUCGAGCGGGGUGGCCAGGGCCGGGCUUCCUCACUGAGUGGACUUUUGAGUCGACUCACAAGUCACCUCAAGCGGGGCGGCAAGGGCCGGGCUUCCUCACUGAGUGGACUUUUGAGUCGACUCACAAGUCACCUCGAGCGGGGCGGCCAGGGCCGGACUUCCUCACUGAGUGGACUUUUGAGUCGACUCACAAGUCACCUCGAGCGGGGCGGCAAGGGCCGGGCUUCCUCACUGAGUGGACUUUUGAGUCGACUCACAAGUCACCUCGAGCGGGGCGGCCAGGGCCGGGCUUCCUCACUGAGUGGACUUUUGAGUCGACUCACAAGUCACCUCGAGCGGGGCGGCAAGGGCCGGGCUUCCUCACUGAGUGGACUUUUGAGUCGACUCACAAGUCACCUCGAGCGGGGCGGCCAGGGCCGGACUUCCUCACUGAGUGGACUUUUGAGUCGACUCACAAGUCACCUCGAGCGGGGCGGCAAGGGCCGGGCUUCCUCACUGAGUGGACUUUUGAGUCGACUCACAAGUCACCUCGAGCGGGGCGGCCAGGGCCGGGCUUCCUCACUGAGUGGACUUUUGAGUCGACUCACAAGUCACCUCGAGCGGGGCAGCAAGGGCCGGGCUUCCUCACUGAGUGGACUUUUGAGUCGACUCACAAGUCACCUCGAGCGGGGCGGCAAGGGCCGGGCUUCCUCACUGGGUGGACUUUUGAGUCGACUCACAAGUCACCUCGAGCGGGGUGGCCAGGGCCGGGCUUCCUCACUGAGUGGACUUUUGAGUCGACUCACAAGUCACCUCAAGCGGGGCGGCAAGGGCCGGGCUUCCUCACUGAGUGGACUUUUGAGUCGACUCACAAGUCACCUCGAGCGGGGCGGCCAGGGCCGGACUUCCUCACUGAGUGGACUUUUGAGUCGACUCACAAGUCACCUCGAGCGGGGCGGCAAGGGCCGGGCUUCCUCACUGAGUGGACUUUUGAGUCGACUCACAAGUCACCUCGAGCGGGGCGGCCAGGGCCGGGCUUCCUCACUGAGUGGACUUUUGAGUCGACUCACAAGUCACCUCGAGCGGGGCGGCCAGGGCCGGGCUUCCUCACUGAGUGGACUUUUGAGUCGACUCACAAGUCACCUCGAGCGGGGCGGCCAGGGCCGGGCUUCCUCACUGAGUGGACUUUUGAGUCGACUCACAAGUCACCUCGAGCGGGGCGGCAAGGGCCGGGCUUCCUCACUGAGUGGACUUUUGAGUCGACUCACAAGUCACCUCGAGCGGGGCGGCCAGGGCCGGGCUUCCCCACCGCCUGCUUCAAGCUCGACCCGGGCUCGGAAGCCCACGGGGGGUUCUGA